CUUUUUUUCGGGCUUGCUUAAUAUCACCUUGGACGUGAGAGGACGAGACGGGGGCAUAAGCGUCCAUUGACCGAAAUUGGCGCAUCUAGAGCGUUUCAACACUUUCCCUCUUCAACUGAAGGACCGUACAGCUUGUCAUUGAACAUAUAACGCUCGAGCCCCUCAAUUCCUCCAUUAAUUUUCGACGAGAACCCCGCCAAUAUCCCGAAUUCGCCGAAACUAUGUCUGCGUCACGAUCCUUUGCGACUUGCUUGGCCAAGCUCCCGGCUACGGCACCACGAACAAUACAGUCAAUGCGACUUGGCCAGAAUGUACUGUCUCGGACGUCCAAGGGUCGAUCUCCUACAAUCUCUCGAUUUACUCGCUUCUCGCCUGUUUCCCAUAGAGCAUUUACUACCACGACACAACGGCGCCAUGGACAUAUUGACCCCCCGAAGCCCGGUGAAGAACUUUAUGUCACAUUCAUCGAGAAGGACGGCACAGAGAACAAGUUUGCUGUUUCUGAGGGGGAUAACCUUCUCGAUAUCGCCCAAGCAAACGAUCUAGAGAUGGAGGGCGCAUGCGGAGGAUCUUGCGCCUGCUCGACAUGCCAUGUUAUCGUUGCCGACGACGCAUAUUUCGACAAGAUGCCCGAGCCCGAGGAUGACGAGAACGAUAUGCUGGACCUGGCCUUUGGACUCACCGAGACGAGUCGAUUGGGCUGCCAAGUUAAGAUGACCAAGGAGCUAGACGGCCUAGUGGUGAAGCUGCCAUCUAUGACAAGGAACCUGCAAGCGAGCGAUUUCAGUUAAGAAGCUUAAUGAAGCACAUGUUUUGAUAUGAGAUGAGGAAAACUCUGUACUUGUAAAACUACUGUAUUUGGAAAAGACCGGGCGAUGGCGGGGAUUCAGGUGCAUCAUACGGGGUAUCUUUGUUGUGACAUUUAGUUGUAAGGCCGGAAGAGCACGGCCUGGUGAUUCCACUACUCCUCUUAAACGAAAGAAAGAAAUGAACACACUGAAAUGAUAUUACGCCUCCUCAAGCGCUCCCUUUUUUAACCCACCACCGCCUGAAGCGAUCAAUUCCAGGAAUCCCUUCUUACUCAUCUCAUUGACCUUUUCCUCUCGCUUCUUCAUACCGAUAACACCCUCCUUUUUCACACCCUUCUCAGCUUCAACAGCCUUGACUUGUGCGGCACGAACGGCGUUGAACAGCUUGACAACACCACGCUGCGCAACCUUUCGUAGCCUCCUCUCUGUCUCCAUAAUCUCGGAUGUCGAUGUCUCGAGCUCUCCAGUGGCGUCGUUUGUGGUAGCGAUAAGAACAUCCUUUACACGGCCCUUCUCGAAAGCUCGCUUCUUCUGCUCGCGCAUCUGCUUUUUCGCCUUAGAUUCUAAGGCGCUGUCGACAGCGGCCUUGGAGGCUUCGUGUGCUGCGGCACUUCGGGCGAGGACAGGAUCUGAUCGCUUGGACGAUGAUAACUUGGUGGAGAGAAUCUUGGAGAGCGAUGUUGCGAAAGCAUUGGGGUCGUUUCGCUUCGACUUUUUGCGUUUGUUUGUGGACGCGCCAUCCUCAUCGUCAUCAUCUGACCCUUCAUCGUCAUCAUCGUCUUCCCCUUCGUCGGAUUCGGCUUCUGGUUUGCUGUCUCUGGUAUUCUUGGCGUUUGUUUUUGUCUUCUUCAGGGGCUUAUUUGUUACAGCGCCCUCGUCUUCUGAGCUUGAAACUUCAUUUUCGGAGUCGCCAACAUCGUCCACCUUGACAUUGUGAAUAUCGUCGUCUGAAUCAAGCAGAUUUACAGCGUCAAACUCUUGCGCCUCCUCGGGUUCAGAGUCACUGUUGUAAUCUCGGAGUUGCUUUCUCUUUUGCUUCUUUGAGGGCCGUUGUAGACGACCGUCGUGUUGUCUCUUCUUUUUGUUUCCAGGUCCGGCCAUUGUGAAAUGUUUGUGUUGAAUUGAUGAAGCUGGGAUAUUCAACGCUUGCGGUGCAAAUCGUCGCGGAUCUGAAUUGGACGUCAAAACUUUUGAGAAUU